AUGGGUGCAUCAGGUUUAGGUUUAGCUUUAGCAAAUUGCACUAAACUCUCGAAUUUGAAACUUGACCUUCGUUGGAAUAAAAUUGGUGCAAUUGGUGCGUCAGGCUUAGGUUCUGCUUUAGCAAAUUGCACUAAUCUCUAAAAUUUGGAACUUGUCCUUUAUGGAAAUCAAAUUGGUGUAAUGGGUGCAUCAGGCUUAGUUUCUGCUUUAGCAAAUUGCACUAAUCUCUCAAAUUUGACACUUGACCUUAGUGAAAACAAAAUUGAUGAUAAAGGUGCAUCAGGCUUAGGUUCUGCUUUAGCAAAUUGCACUAAACUCUCGAAUUUGAAACUUGACCUUAGUUGGAAUAAAAUUGGUUCAAUGGGUGCAUCAGGCUUAGGGUCUGCUUUAGCAAAUUGCACUAAUCUCUCAAAUUUGCAACUUUUCCUUUAUAAAAAUCGAAUUGGUGCAAUGGGUGCAUCAGGUUUAGGUUCUGGUUUAGCAAAUUGCACUAAACUCUAGAAUUUGAAACUUGACCUUAAGUAAAUAGAGUUUAUUUGUUUUGGAUUGUGA